AUGAAGAGAACUUGUCUUUCACGGAUCGCUCACGCAACUGCUGUUGGCCCGGCGUUGAGGAGACCGUACGCUUUGCGCCCUCGGACGUUCGCCACCACCCAGUUACGGCCGAAAGAGAAGGAUGAAGAGGAGCCAAGUGCUCUCCAAAGGCGAUUCGAAGCUUUAGCAGAGACAGCUGCGCCUACGAAACUUGAUCCAAUGGCUGGUCCUGCAGCAUAUCAGCCUGUCGACUCUCCGGACUCCUCGAAGCCUGCGGAUGAGCUCGAGUCGGGCUUGACAAAAGAGGAUCUUGCGCGCUUAGAGCAACUGGUACUCGAUGCAAGCUUCAAAAAUGAACACGCCGGUGCUUUUGCGCAGGUCACUAUUCCCUCAUCGGCGGAUAAGCUUACCCGACAAAUCGCUGCCGACAGGCCAUGGACCGGGGAGGAGUCCCAAGCGGAUGCAGUACUCCGAAUGCUGACCGAUUCUCAUAAACCAUUACGAAUGCGGGGGGUUGCUCCAAAGAUUCAGGACCCUACGUUUGUUGGUGGGAGAGUUGGGUCUGAGCCGUUGCAGCCUCCUACGGGCAUGUCGAAAAGGAAGACAGGUCAUAGGUUGCUGGCGGCAAAAGAAGGCGUACUCGAGUACACCCUUGACAAGGAAACGGGUACGGACGCCAGGAAGAAAAAGCGGGGCCCUGGACAUUCUUCGUUGGCAGAGAAGUUGUCGCCUGGCUUUGAGGGAGGAGCCGCUGCUUCUAUUGGGGGUUUACGAACUUUGGCAGAUUCCAGGAUUGAGGCUGCCAUCGCCCGUGGUGAGUUUGCAAAACUACCUGGACGUGGAAAACCGGCUGUUCAUGACAACCUUGCCAGCUCGCCCUUCAUCGACAAUACCGAGUACUUUUUGAACCGCAUUAUCCAACGGCAGGGUGCUCUGCCGCCGUGGAUUGAAGCGCAAGUCGAGUUAGAGGAAAGGAUUGAACAAUUCAGGGCUGGAUUGAGAGAUGAGUGGCAGAGACGAGUCGUUAGGCAGAUUGCAUUCCAUGGUAAGAGCGUGGACGAGCAGGUGGCAAGAGCCGAAGCGUAUGCCGAGUCAGAGCGCCUGUUGGAAGACAUUGAACACAAGAUAGACCAAGGGGCUAUCGACCCUAGGGCUGACAAGGUGUAUCGCGAUCCGGAGUGGCUGAAGCAGGAGCACAGGUAUCAUACGCUGAGUUUGCAGGAGAUCAACAGCAAGACUCGCUCCUAUAACGCACAGGCCCCGUACUCUGCGCGUCGCGGAUACCUGGCGCUGGAGAAGGAGUUGUUGGCAUGUUACCGUGACGUUGCACCCACGAUUGGUCCCGAGCUCAGGGAGAGGGCCAAGCAUGGCUGGGUUUCGGCUGAAGAAAGACAAGAGAGGAAGGUGAAGGAGACCCUGGGUGAAGGUGGAUUGAAAGAUCUCUUCGGUGGCGAAAUUAUUCAUGUCGAGAAAAAUGACGUCUACGGGCUACGUGAAUGGUGGGGGGAUAUGAAGAAGUCUUGGUUUUCCAAGAAGACAGAGCAGUCGAGCUGA